AUCUCUACACCUGCCAGGAAACGAGAGACUUCACUCUGAAGUGACUGAUAAACAAGUGUGAAGCAUGAGGAUCAACUCUGCUAUUCAGGCUGCUAUUGACCUCACAGCAGGAGCUGCAGGUGGGACAGCAUGCGUGGUGACUGGCCAGCCCUUUGACACCGCAAAGGUGAAGAUGCAGACGUUCCCCAACAUGUACAGAGGAAUUGUUGACUGUUUUGUGAAAACCUAUAAGCAAGUGGGGUUUCGAGGCUUCUACAAGGGAACCACACCAGCGCUUGUAGCCAACAUCGCGGAGAACUCCGUUCUGUUCAUGUGCUAUGGAUUUUGCCAACAAAUUGUGAGAAGAAUUGUUGGAGUAGACAGGAAAACAAAGCUCAGUGAUCUGCAGAACGCUGCUGCAGGCUCCUUCGCCUCUGCCUUUGCCACCCUUGUCCUCUGCCCAACAGAGCUGGUGAAGUGCCGGCUGCAGGCCAUGCAUGAAAUGCAGUUGUCAGGGAAGAUAAUCCAGGGACACAAUACAGUUUGGUCAGUAGUGAAGGGUGUUAUUCAAAAGGAUGGUCCCCUUGGAUUUUACCGUGGCCUGUCAAGCACUUUGCUGCGGGAAGUCCCAGGCUAUUUCUUCUUCUUUGGAGGAUAUGAACUGAGCCGGACGUUCUUUGCCUCUGGGACAUCAAAAGAUGAAUUAGGUCCUGUUCCUUUGCUACUAAGCGGAGGUUUUGGAGGCAGCUGUCUGUGGAUUGCUGUGUAUCCUGUGGACUGUGUCAAAUCUAGAAUUCAGGUUCUUUCAAUGGCUGGAAAACAGGCAGGCUUUAUGGGAACAUUUGUAACUGUUGUGAGAACUGAAGGUGUACUUGCCUUGUAUUCUGGACUAAAGCCAACUAUGAUCCGAGCAUUCUUGGCCAAUGGGGCACUGUUCCUUGCCUAUGAGUACAGCCGGAAACUUAUGAUGAAACAAAUAGAUUCUUACUGA